GACGUUGUUGCUGGCGGUAUUUUUGUUUGGCAUACGCAGUUUAGUGCCAAAUUCGGGUGUAGCGUUCAGUUAAAAGAAAAGCCAUAGAUGGUAAAUAGCAUAGUGACAGUAUAAUUUAGGUUUACUUUGUGUUAUUGCCACAAAAUAUACGUAAGCUUUUGUACUUUACAAAACUGUCGCAUAUAAACUGGUUAGUAUUAGUAAUUUAAAAAAGCUAACGUUAGCUGCACGGCUAACGCGUCAAUCCUCUACUCCAGCACCAUCAAAGCAGAGAGAAAUGGAUCAGGAAGCCCAGUCCUCUCAGUCUUCGGAGGCUGCUGCUAAAGCAGUGUUGUUAGAGGAGUGCGAGGAGCAGUUUGGUCUGCUACAGAAGCUUCAAAAUGAGAUCAUUCUGACAGAUACAGAGGCUAAUGAUGAUCAAUCAAAUGAGGCAGUGAAUCGCCUGAUUGCAGUCACAUCUGAGCUAGAGCAAUGGCAAGAAAUGGAGCCAAAAUUGCUGACAACAAGUCCUGAAGUCUUAUUAGCAGUUGGUAAAGAAGAAUUGCAAAGACUCAACAAUCAACUUAAAAUGGUCCUAUCGUGCUCACAAGCAAAGCUGGAUGCCCAGAAAAAGAUUCUGAAAAGGGAGCAGACAUGGCAAGCAGAGAAGAAAGAAGCCUUGAAUGCAGUGUGUGAGAAAAUCACCAGAUUGCAACUUGAAAAUGAGAAAUCGGAGCACAGCGUUUUGCAAGAUAUGAAGAGAAAAAUUAACAAUCUGAAGGACUAUCACAGCAGUCUCAUGGAAAUGCUGAGCGACAUGUUAGCCGAGCACUUCCCACUUCCUGAUCCCCAAGGAAACGGCACAAAGAAAAAAAGAGCUGCUGCAUAUGAUGCAGAGAUGAACCUGAUUUCACUGAGUGAGAUUAUCGAGAGAUUGACCAAUAAAACAUUAGAAACUCCCCAUGACCCUUAUGUGAUUACUGAUGACACUUUCUGGCCACCAUACACAGAAAUGCUUCUUCGUAACGGUAUUGCAACACGACAUCCAGAAGAUUGCAAUAAAAUCCGUCUGGAAAAUUUCUUUGGAAUCUAAAGAUGGUUUUGUUUGUCUACAGUUAAAUAUCAAAUGUCUGUUUGUUCUUUCAAAUUUGCUAAAUUUUUAUAUGAAACUUGGCCAUUCUGGUAUUUCAUUGCAAAUGUAUGUAUUUUUGAGUUAUGACUCCACAACUAAGAAUGCAUGUCUGUCUUCUAAAGUGUUUGUUUAAUCUUUAUACAUGUUUGUACAUGUACAGGCUUCAAAAACUUGAUUUUUUUUUUUAAGUGAUGACUUCAAUAAAGCA